UCGACUAAACUUAUAUAAAUUGACCUGGUAUAGGUAUUAAGAAAGUGUAUUUCAAAUGUCCGGUGGUGUCACGAUCACACAUUUUUGAUACUUAGUUGAAGGAAAAUAAUUAUAAUAGUGUUGCACAGAUUUAAGUAGCUAAUCAAAGGCUUUUUGUACCAAUUGUGAUGUUUAUUGCGUGAGUAAUACGUGGGUGUUAUAACAGCCGAAUAACAUCGUCUAUCUUCAGUUCAUUCAAGUGAAUAGAGAAGAAAUUGCCGGAGGAAUUUUGGAGGAGUUUGUUUGAUAAUAUUUCAGCAGUUUUGCAUUUAUUGUUAGACGGCUGGGAACAAACUCGGGCCUUGGACAUUAGAUAAUGCGUUUGAAUAGGCAUUUUUAAUAGUGUGUGAUUUGUCUUUUUACAUCUGGAUUAGUAACGGUUGAAGAGUAAAGAAAAGGGGGUAUUGCUGCCCCAAGGGAAAGUGAAAAUAAGACCAUGUAUUCGUCUCAUAAAAUAUUAUUCCUAAGGAACUGUAGAACUUUAUUGCUUAGUUUAAUUUUAUUAAAUGGAAUUUUAUUAUCAACUUCAGAAUCGGAAAAAGAUUUUGAAUUUUUAGAUGAAGAAUUAACAUUACAUAAAGUAGAAAAACGUUCCGUAACAGAUGAUGAAGAUUUUUUAAACGAUGAGUCAGGAUCAACACCAGAGGGCAGUGGUGACACUGACGAAAAAGUCAGUUAUAGAGUCGUAUACAGAGUAGACGUGAACUUCACAGAUAUUUUAUAUACACAAGAAUUAUCUAAUAGAGACAGUAAUGAAUUUAAGACUUUAGCAGAAAAAAUUCAGAAUGUCAUAACACGUUUAUAUGUAAAUAUACCUGGUACCCAGGAAAUAGUUGUGGUUCAAUUUCAACCUGGAUCUCUUCUGACAACUUUUGAUUUAACGUCCCGAGGUUACUAUGACGAACCUGUAUUAAGACAAACCGUAGAAAAACCACUCAAAGAUGGCCGAGUUGGAGAGUAUAGAGCUAGCCCCGUUGGUUUUGCUUUCAGAUCUUUUUCAGAUGGAAGGACAUGUCCAGAUUUUGUUGGAAGGGACCCAUCAAGAUUGCCUCGCUCUGGGGAUAAUCGUGCCAAUCUUCUCAUAAACAACAUCUUUCCUUGCCGUGGUUAUGUUGUUGCUUGGCAAUAUUAUCGUAUCAUCCCUCGUUACACUGGCUAUGUCGGUGUCUGGAGGCAAAUCAACGAUUUACAGUUUCGACUUAUCGGUAAAACGGAACUUCCAAUCGCCAACGAAGGAAACCAGACCGUUUUUGUUGAUCCUCCAAUUGCUGUUGAGAAAGGAGAUUUCAUUGGUAUUUUUUAUCCAAGAAGUGCAGAAGAAGGCGUGGUUGCCAGCGCCACACAAGUGGAAGAUGCCGUUGAUAACCGAGAAUUGUAUCAGAAUUAUUACGCAAGAAUCUAUAAUGAGGAUGUGAAUAGUGGAUCCAUUGUAAAUUUAAAUGGCACUGACUUUCAGGAUACAAAAGCUACUUUUGCUCUCAAAGCUAUAAUGGAUUACACUGGAAUAGAUGGUGCUGUUACCCCAUCCAGAUGUGCAGACAACCAGUUCAGAUGUGAUGAUGGUGAUUGCGUAGAUGGAAGGUUUAAAUGUGAUGGACAAAUUGAUUGUAAUGAUGAGUCAGACGAACUUAACUGUCCACCGGUGAUAUGUAAUACUGAUGAGUUUCGUUGUAAUAACAAGCAGCAGUGUGUACCGAAAGUGUUUGUUUGUAAUAGACAGUUUGACUGUGCCGAUGACAGUGAUGAAGACAAUUGUCCUGAAGGAUGCCGUUUGGGUCAGUUUGAAUGCCGUAAUGGACAAUGUAUUGAAUCCUUGCUGAGGUGUAAUGACCAGUUUGACUGUGAUGAUCUGUCUGAUGAAGAAGAAUGUAAUGUUGCUCCACCAUGCCCUGAAGGUCUCUACCGUUGUGAUGAUGGACAAUGUGUUUCACCAGAUGCCAGAUGUAAUGGAAUUGUCCAAUGUCGGGAUCGUUCAGAUGAAGCAAAUUGUGCUUGCAGACCAGAUGAGUUUCGAUGUAGAAGUGGACAGUGUAUACCAAGCUCCAGAAAAUGUGAUAGUACCCCUGACUGCCAGGAUCGUUCAGAUGAAGAAGAUUGUCCAGUAAAACCAAUAUGUCCAGAGGGAAUGUUUACAUGUGCUGACAAUCAGUGUAUACCACAAGUUAGGAGGUGUGACAAUAGACGAGACUGUAGAGAUGGUACAGAUGAAUCUGUGGCAACAUGUGGUGUUAUUGUGACCUCACUAAAAAUAACAAACAAAGAGCUAGUUCUGAAUGAGGGAGAAACUGCUGUGUUUGAUUGUGUUGUUGAGGCUAAUACCCCUAUCAGAAUCCAUUGGACCAGAGGUUCUCAGGAUAUUCCUGCUAAAGCUGUGAUUGAUAGGGGCAGACUGACUAUUCCAAAUCUAGUACUCGCAGAUGCUGACACCUACAUCUGUUCUGCACCUCAAGCAUCAAGUGCCACACCAGACAGGGCAAGUCUAUUGGUUAUCCCAGCUUGUGAACCUAACCAAUUCCGUUGCAGAGACGGAACUUGUAUUACAGACACAUACAGGUGUGAUGGUUAUGCUGACUGCAAUGAUCGUUCUGAUGAGGAAAACUGUCCAGGAGGUCCAUGCCGUACAGGUCAGUACGUCUGUGAUGAUGGGUCCUGUGCCAGACAAGGAAGUGGCUGUAAUGGUCGUACAGAGUGUAGAGAUGGGUCAGACGAAUUUCCUAAAUAUUGUGGUUGUCCAAGUCUAAGACAGUUCCAGUGUAGGGAUGGGACGAAGUGUAUUGAUGCCAUGCAGGAGUGUGAUGGAAUUACUGACUGUACUGAUCGAUCAGAUGAACAUAGCAGAUGUGUAUCAACGUGUCGUCCUGAUGAAUUCCGUUGCAGUGAUGGUACAUGUAUCAACCUUGUAAAAGAGUGCGAUGGUGUAAGAGACUGUGUGGACAAUUCAGACGAAAAUAAUUGUCCUACAUUGAAUUGUCGUGCAGAUCAGUUUACUUGCACACAACAAUUCCAGUGUAUACCAGCGGCAAGAAAAUGUGAUGGAUUUGCUGACUGUUCUGACAGAACUGAUGAGGAAGGCUGUGCUUGUAAACCCAACGAGUUCCGCUGUAGUAAUGGUCAGUGUAUUGAUAACAGGCGACAGUGUGAUCGUAACAGGGACUGUUUGGACAACUCUGAUGAGGAGGGGUGUGGAUGUCAACCAAAUGAAUUUACAUGUAGAAGUGGAGACUGUAUCCCUGCUGACCGUAGAUGUGACAGAAGAUCAGAUUGUCGUGAUGGCUCAGAUGAACUGAAUUGUCCUACUCAACAAGUAACUAUAAGCAUUAGUCCCAGAGAGCUGACAUUGAGAGUAGGAUCCCAGGCAUAUUUUGAUUGUGCUAUAUCCCCAGCAGACACACCGUUGGAAUGGUACAGAAAUGGAAAUAUUGAUAUACAACCUAAAGCUACUGUAGAGAGAGGACGUCUCAUCAUACCUAACCUUGAUAUCACAGAUGCUGGAGAUUAUAUCUGCUCUGGUAUCUACAACGACAGGACGUACACAGAAUCGGCCAGACUCAUAGUAAGACAAAUUACUGUACCCACAACGCCUCCACCAGUUGGUCCUUGUGGCGUUGGACAAGCAACAUGUAGAAAUGGACAAUGUAUCCCAAUAGACUAUCGUUGUGAUGGUGACAAGGACUGUGACGACAACAGUGAUGAAGACUCAUGUACAGUAUCUGCAAUAUGUGAACCCAAUGAAUUCCGCUGUAGAAAUGACCGCUGUGCGAUGAAGAUCUGGCGAUGUGAUGGAGAUGAUGAUUGUGGUGAUAAUUCUGAUGAAGAAGAUUGUCCAACAAGAAAACCAGGUGAUCCAUGUGAUACAAUCGAGUUCCAGUGUAUGUCAGGUGAUCAGUGUGUUCCAGGGUCUUACCAAUGUGACGGAGAAAUUGAUUGUCAAGAUCGUUCAGAUGAAAUUGGUUGUUCUCCUCCCGUCAUCAAUUUACCACCAGUAUCGAAGAUAGAUGUAGAAUUAGGGGGAAGCUUCACCAUUAUUUGUGAAGCUGUGGGUACACCUACACCAUUAAUUGUCUGGAGAUUGAACUGGGGUAAUAUCCCUACCGGAGCCCGUGUAUUCACAAGCAGCAAGAGUGGACGAGGAAAUCUGACAAUUACUGAUGCUCGUGUUGAAGAUUCUGGUGCAUAUACAUGUGAAGCUAUAAACACACGAGGUUCCAUCUUUGCUACACCAGAUGCUAUUAUUAUCGUCAGAAGAUACCCAGCAGGGCUUUGCCAACAGCCGUAUUUCAAUGUGGAAGCUUCUGUCACGGGUGACUGUGUUCGUUGUUUCUGUUUUGGACACUCUAACGAAUGUUACAGCAGCAAUUUACAAAUUGCACAGAUAAACCUAGUUGGUGAUAUGAAAUUGUUAGACACGAAUGCAUCAAGGACAGUUGAGACAGCCUAUGUUCAGCAGCUGCCAUCAUUGAGGGGUGCACAGGUGCCAAGAUUUGACCGACUGUCACCCAAUAUGUAUUAUUACUGGAGUCUUCCCAGCGAGUUUCUGGGUGAAAGGUUAACAAGUUAUGGUGGCAAGCUACAAUACAAUGUGUACUAUGAAAUAGCUGGUUCUCAGUAUCCAACUCAGCAGUCAGAUGUUAUAAUUACGGGAAAUGGUAUUACCUUGUACCACAGAACUUCUACACAAUUCCGUCCAAGAGGAGAUAACUCUGUAUCAGUUGCAUUUUUGCCGAAUGAGUGGACAAGGGAGGAUCAGCCUAAGAGAGGAGAUACCCCAGUAAGGGAAUAUGCCUCCAGGGAGGACUUGAUGAUGGUUCUAGAAAAUGUUGAGUCCAUUCUCAUCCGCUCACAGUAUGAUGCCAGACAGACUCUAACAAGGGUUAAUGAUUUAAUCUUGACCACAGGAGUACAGCAGGAUACAGGUUUAGGCAGAGCUGUGUAUGUAGAGGACUGUGUUUGUCCUGCUGGACAUACUGGCUUGUCUUGUCAGGAUUGUGCCGUUGGUUACUAUCGAGUAAGAAAUGGACCAUACCUUGGAAACUGUGUAAGGUGUCGCUGUAACGGUCACUCAAAUGAUUGUAAUCCUUUGACUGGUCAGUGUAGGUCAUGUCAACAUAACACUGAAGGGAAUAACUGUGAAAAUUGCGCACGAGGUUAUUAUGGAGAUGCCACUCAGGGUACUCCAAACGAUUGUAACACAUGUCCUUGUCCACUCACAGAUUCAACCAAUCAAUUUAGCCCCACCUGUGAGAUUGAUCGAAGAGAUGGACAGGUAACAUGUACAGCCUGCGCUCAAGGUUAUGAAGGAAGGCGAUGUGAAAGAUGUGCUAGGGGUUACGUAGGAAAUCCACAAAUUGUUGGAGACUAUUGUCGAAUCAGUGAUGAGAGGUGUGACUCCAGAGGAAGUUUAAGUCAGCUACCCGAUUCCGUUACCAGACAAUGUACAUGCAAGACAAAUGUGUAUGGAAGGAAUUGUGACCAAUGUAAACAAAAUACAUUUUAUCUGAGUGUAAACAAUCCCUAUGGCUGUGUCUCUUGUUUCUGUAUGGGUGUGACUCGACAGUGUACCAGUACCUUCUGGAAUAGAGCCCAGAUUGGAGCAUCCUUCACUAGAGACAGACAAGGAUUUUCAUUGGUUGAUAUUGCUCAGCGAGAAGAACCAACCACAGAUGGUUUUACUGUUAACAGCAAUGUCAGAGAGCUGGUCUACAGAAGAUUUAACACACUACCACAGAGAGUAUAUUAUUGGUCACUGCCUCAGAGGUUCUUGGGUGAUAAGGUGACAUCUUAUGGUGGGAAUCUUAACUUUGUGAUCAGCUACAGACCUGGACUGGAUACCAGUCCACAGGACACUGCUGCUCCCCUGGUAGAAAUAAGUGGAAACGAUAUAACAUUAGUUUACAAAGACAAGACUGCUCCAACAUCAAAUACACCUGCAGUAUACAAAGUGCCAUUAUAUGAGCAAUUUUGGACAAGACCAGAUGGAGAGCCUGCCACUAGAGAAUUCUUGUUAAUGGCUUUAGCUGAUGUUAGUGCCUUACUGAUCAGAGCUACCUUUACAAGAGACACAGACUCUGCAAGUAUCCGUGAUGUAAUUAUGGACAUAGCAGAAGACAGGGAUACCAGAUUAGACAGGGCCUAUGCUGUUGAACAAUGUGCUUGUCCAACUGGUUACAAAGGAUUGUCCUGUGAGGAUUGUGAUGUUGGGUAUACUAGGACAGGAGGUGGAUUAUACCUCGGCUUAUGUGAACCUUGUCAGUGUAACAGACAUUCCAGUGAGUGUGAUCCAGAGACAGGAACGUGCAAGAACUGUCAACACAAUACAGAAGGUGAUUUUUGUGAGAGAUGUGCCCCAGGUUUCUAUGGUGAUGCUAGAGGAGGAUCUCCAACCUCAUGUCAACCAUGUCCAUGUCCUCUUACAGAAUCUCCAAAUCAAUUCAGUCCAGUUUGUGAGUUAUCCAGUGAUGGCCAGGUAACAUGUACUGCUUGUCCUGCAGGUCACACAGGCAGGAGAUGUGAAAGCUGUAUACAAGGCUAUACUGGUAACCCACUAAGACCAGGAGAUUACUGUAAAAUUGGACCAGUUGGACCAGAUUGUAAUUGCGACAGCAGGGGAACAGUUCCUAACACACAGUGUGAUCCUAACAAUCUACAGUGCCAGUGUAAGUCCUAUGUUAGAGGUCUGCGAUGUAACACAUGUAAAGAUGGCUAUUUUUACUUGGACCAAAGUAAUCAGCAGGGAUGUCUGGCAUGUUGGUGUAAUGGUCUGACUAAUCAGUGCUCCAGUUCAUCUUACUAUAGAGCUGAGCUUAGACCACAGUUAGGCUCAGAUGGAAGCCAUAAUUUCGCCCUGACAAACAGAAGAUUAAGUAAUACAAUUACUGAUGGUUUUGAACUAGAUGUCACCAGACGGGAAGUCAAAUUCCCUAGAUUAAAUGAUGUCCAGAGAGAACGAGAAAGUCUUUACUUCAGCCUACCUCCCAAGUUUAGAGGAAACAAGGUUGAAUCUUAUGGUGGUUACCUGCGAUUUACAUUGGAGACCCAUGUUGCUCAGGAUGCAGGAGGCACCUUUAGGGACGUUGAUAUAGAAAUAAUUACAAGUGGACAGAGAGAAAGAAUGUACCAUCUAUUCAAUCCUGCCGUCAAGAUGUAUGAUGCUAACUUAUAUGAGAUUUUACUCAGAGAGUCAACUUUCCAAUUGAGCGAUGGAUCAACACCAACCAGGGAAGCAUUCCUAAGGAUAUUGUCAGACAUCGAGGCCAUUCUCAUCAGAGCUACAUACCACAGCAUUACCUCAUACACAUCCUUACGUGACCUUCGUAUGGAUACAGCUGUAGCUGAAGUAACGAACCUUGGUCGCGCUCCAAUGGUUGAGAGCUGUCGAUGCCCAGAAGGAUACAGGGGACUAUCAUGUGAAGAGUGUGCUGUUGGUUAUCUGAAGGAUACCAGCAACCGUUGCAUCAGAUGUAGUUGUAAUGGGCAUGCUUCAGCAUGUGACCCAGCCACUGGAGUCUGCUUGAACUGUCAAGAUAACACAGAAGGUGAGAGGUGUGAAAGAUGUGCUACUGGUUACUAUGGUGAUUCCACAACUGGUACCCCUAAUGAUUGUAGACCUUGCCCUUGUCCACUCACUGUACCCUCUAACCAAUUUUCCCGAAGUUGUUACCUUGAAUCAGAUGGCCUAGUCACAUGUGAUAGAUGUCCACCAGGAUAUAUUGGUAGAAAGUGUGAAAGGUGUGAUACAGACAGAGGCUACACUGGUAACCCUACAGAAGUAGGAGGAAGAUGCCAAAGAGAUGAGGUCCUGAAACCUGUUGUAACAGUCAAUCCAACUGAGCUAGAGGACACAGUCGGUCAGACUAUAGUCUUCCAAUGUAACGUGCAAGGUCCAGGGCCUUUCAAUGUCAUAUGGAGCAGAAUAGAUGGCCAAGGUCUACCAAAUAGAGCCCAAGUUGGUCCACGAUACUCACUUACGAUCAGAGAUGUACAAGAAACAGACGCAGGCAGAUACGUUUGUACAGCAACUAAUGUUCACGGAAGCAGCAGACAGUAUGUCAACUUGAUUGUGUUAGGUAGACAACAGCCUAUUAGGGUGUACAUUGAGCCACCAAAGGAACGAACAGUUGAUGAGGGACAAUCAGUUAGAUUUGUUUGUGUUGCUCAAGGAGAAAUGCAGAGCAACUACAUCCUGUCCUGGUCAAAGGUCAAUGGUUUGAUGCCAAACAAAGCUAUUGACCAGAAUGGUGUGUUGGUCAUUCCCAAUGUCCGACCAGAAGAUGGUGGUACUUACGAGUGUACUGGAUCUGACAUGUUCCAUAUGGAUACAGAUAGGGCUACUCUUCGUGUCAGCGCACAACAAGUACAGCCUUCUAUAAGAAUCGAACCGACUUUCCAAACUGUGAACGAAUUCGAGACAGCAGAAUUCAGAUGUGUUACAACUGGUCGACCCGCACCAACGGUAGAAUGGCGAAGAGGAACUGGUACAAUGAACCCUAGUGCUGUAAUAUCUGGUGGUGUGUUGAGGAUACCAGCUGUUCGAAGAAGUGACGAGGCCCAGUACUACUGCAAGGCAUCAAAUGUAGCAGGAACAACAGAAGUUAGAACUAUUCUUUAUGUAAAAUCAAAUCCACGACCACCGACCGACAUAACAGUUAUUGUAAGACAAGUAGCCAUUAUAGCAACAAUAGGAAGUACUGAACAACUUAUUUGUUAUAUUGACGAUAAUUCAGUCAGACCUACGUUGAUCUGGUCAAGGAAUGGAGGUCUUCCAUCAGGCUCUGCACAAGACAAUGGUGUUUUGACCUUGAACAACAUUCAGCCAUCUUUUGCUGGUUCCUAUGUGUGUACAGCUAUAACACCAACUGGAGACAGGGGAACAGGAACAACUACUCUGACUGUACGACCUGAAAUAGAGACCACAGUACCAACUGCUACAGUAACACCAGAUAGAACAACUAUUGCCCAGGGAACUACUGGUACCAUUAGAUGUAGUGUAACUGGUACCCCACAACCAAAGAUCACAUGGUCUAAAUCUAGAGGAGAAUUGACAGCCAGACAUCAGGUCGUAGGAGAAACAUUGAGAAUCACAAAUGCCCAAAUAGAGGACCGUGGUGUAUACAUCUGCCGUGCUGAGAAUACUGCCGGAUUAGGACAAGGCUGGGCUAUUGUAGAAGUUGAAAGAAGAGCCAAGCCUAAGUUGGACAUCUAUCCAGCAAUAUCUCAGACAAUAAAGACGGGAGAAAGUGCAUUGUUCCAGUGUCGUGUAAUGGGUGGAGAUCCUCCUCCAACUGUAACAUGGUCUCGAGCUGGAGGAGAACCAAUGCUGUCCACCAUAGACACGAUGGAGAAUGGCGUCAUCAUGUUUAAAGGCGUGACUGGGGAGGAGGCAGGUGGCUACAUUUGUACAGCCACAAAUGAAAUGGGAUCUGUAUCAGCUACAGCCACACUUAUCAUUCAGGGUCCACCUAGAAUUAUAAUCUCGCCUAGUAAGAAAGUUUUUGCUGUAAUCGGUCAGAGAGUAUCUUUAGAAUGUACUGGUGAAGGUGAUCCUAUACCAACAGUCCAGUGGCGAUAUGAAAGAGCACCAGACAGAGGUGAUGUACCAACACCAGUAGAGGGUGCCCUCAGUCAAGGAUCGGCAACGCUUACUCUCAAUGCUGUUUCUAGGAGUGAUUCCGGAAAUUACUAUUGUACUGCUAAUAAUGUUGCAGGGUCUGUCACUGAAACUGUUCAACUUGAAGUUCAGGAAAGUGGCCAGCCAUCAAGAGAGACUGGUGUGACAAUCAGAGGACCAGGACAGCGUACUGUUAGAGAAGGAGAAACUGUAACUAUUGAAUGUGAUACUACAGGUAUACAAAAUGCUGUGGUCCGUUGGAGGAAACGUAAUGGAUUGAUGCCACCAAACCAUUCAGUCCGUGGAGGAACAUUGACCAUACCUAAUUUCCGAUCAGUUUACAGCGGGGAAUACAUCUGUUCUGCAUCAUCUCCUGUUAAAAAUUAUGAGACAUCAGUAUUCAUUAUUGUUACUGUUACACCAAGUCUGACAAUUUCACCAGCCAGAGUGGAAGCUAGGGCAGGGGGCACUGUUCAACUAAGAUGUCAGCCACAGGGAACAGGACCAUUCAACAUUGAAUGGUUGAAGGUCGAUGGUGUUCUUAAUCCUUCAGCUACACAAACUAGAGAUGGUCUCCUAGAAAUAAGACAAGUGACUGCAGCAGACUCAGGGCGAUACCGUUGCUUAGCAACAGGAAGUAGUGGAUCUUCUGACGGUUUUGCUAUAGUAUCUGUAACAGUGCCACCAACUAUCACACUUUCACAGCGUGAUGCCAGGCCAUACUUGGGUCAGUUGAUGGAAUUGAGAUGUCAGGCUUCAGGCAAUCCACCACCUAGUAUAACAUGGGAGAAAGAAAAUGGAGUCCUUCCAAGGGAUCAUACUGUCAAUAAUGGUGUUCUUCAAAUUUUCAAUGUGAGACAAGAAGACAGUGGUAGAUACAUUUGUCAAGCUGCCAGUCCAGCAGGAGUUGACAGAGAAUAUGUAACCCUUACUGUACAAGGACGUAACACUGAUGGUAAUGGUCCAAUCAGGAUAGAUACACAGACUGUAAACAUUGGUGAAAGAGUAGAAAUGGAAUGUGUUGUCACAGGAACACCAAUACCGACUGUCACAUGGUCAAGAAUCGGAGAACCCCUGCCGGAGACUUCAACCGUGAAUGAUGUGUUCCUUGUUAUUCCAAAUGUCAGAAUAGAGGAUGCUGGGACUUAUGUUUGUACAGCUCAGAAUCUGAGAGGAACAAUACAACAAAGAGUCAAUUUGUUUGUCAAAGCCCGUCCUAUUAUAUCAGGAAGUCAAGCAGACUCCAUGACAGCAGCUCUGGGAUCUAAGGCAUCAAUGUCAUGUGACGCUGUAGGAUAUCCACAACCUGAUAUCACAUGGUACAGAAAAGAUGGACAAAUGCCAAGUGAAUAUACAGUAGAGAAAGAUGGUCGUCUGACAAUACCCAAGGUUAACCCUGAUGACGCUGGCAUGUAUGUCUGUAGUGCUGGUAAUGAACUUGGAAAGAUUGAACAACCAAUGGAACUUGUUGUAGGAGAUCUGGUACCCUACUUCCCACAGAACCCAGUUUCCUAUAUAACUUAUCCACCAAUGAAUGAUGUUUAUCUGGACUUCGAUAUCCUGCUUAGACUAAAACCAGAGGCAACUGAUGGUUUAGUAUUGUAUAAUGGUAAUGAGGACUUCCAGAGAGGUAGUGGAGAUUACGUCUGCUUUGGGUUGAGAGAAGGUUACCCAGAAUUCACCUUUGAUGUAGGAUCUGGACCAGCCAUCAUUCAGGGUAACGAGACCUUGGACCUGAACAAAUGGCACACAGUCAGACUAGAGAGAAACAGGAAGGCUGGUACCUUGACUGUCAAUGAUAAGCAGAAAUACAUUGGAGAAACUCCUGGCCGAUUCCAGGGCCUAGACCUUACACAAGACAUGUACCUAGGAGGUGUCCCAGACUAUAGUAAGAUACCCCAGCCAGCCAGAUAUACCACAGGAUUUGUAGGUGCCAUUAGUCAGGUGGAGAGAAACGGGGAUAACUUGAACUUGGGAGCUGAUGCUAUUACCCUAGAGGGUAUAGAGAUGUAUGAUGCCUGUCAGAACAGACCAUGUCUUAAUGGAGCUCGGUGUACUCCUGCCAAUUUAGGAGAUGGAUUCAGAUGUGUCUGUCCUCAAGGAUAUACAGGGGAGAGAUGUGAUCAACAGGGACAAAGAUGUUAUCCAGGAGCUUGUGGAUCAGCUGGACGGUGCCGUGACCUUCCUAAUGGAUUCACUUGUAUUUGUCCAAUGGAAAGUUCUGGACCGGGUUGUCUGACAGUUGGAAGAAUCAACAUUCCAAGAUUCAACAAGACUUCAUUUGCUGCCUAUGCUGCAGUACAAGGAGCUAAGUUUGAAAUGAAGAUAGAAUUAGAGUUUAAACCACACAGUCUGGAGAACGGAAUUGUUUUGUAUAGCGCUCAAAAUAAUGAUGGAACUGGAGAUUAUGUCUCUUUGGCUCUUAGGAAUGGAUAUCUGGAGUUUAGAUACAACACUGGCUCAGGCCCAGCAGUUCUCAGCAGUAGACGAAGGCUAACAGUCAAUGAAUGGGUCAAGGUUGUUGCUUCUAAGCAAGGACAGGAAGGAACACUUGUUGUUAAUGAUGAAGAGCCUGUCAAAGUUUGGCCAUGGAGUUACUACAACAGUAGAUAUAGAAAUUACUACAACUACCAUCUGUUGAGACGUUAUCGUUACAGAAGAGCAACAUCACCUGGAACAACAAUCGGUCUGGAUCUAAGAACCAUGUUAUACAUUGGAGGCACUGACUCUGAUCAUAAACUACCACAAAAUCUGGGAAUAACUGAUGGUCUCGUUGGCUGUGUGGCUGAGGUUAAAAUUAAUUCCAAACAAGUAGAUUUGAUUGGUUCAGCUGUGGAGACAUAUAAUGUACAUGAUUGUGGUGAGAGAAACAUCUGUAAUCGUCGACCAUGUUUGAACGGUGGAACUUGUGAAAGACUUUCAUCUUUGGAGUAUAGAUGCGUUUGUCCUACAAAAUUCACAGGAAAGAAUUGUGAGACCCAGAUAAAUGUAUGCAUCACCAAGCAGCCAUGUCAAAAUAAUGCUCCAUGUAGUAUAACUGCUGACGGCUACAGAUGUGAUUGUCCACUUGGUUAUAUCGGUGUUCAUUGUGAAGGAACAACCCCACUAGGAGAAAAGAUCAGUGUUACAGGUGAUGGUUUCUUGGAGUUUGACAAGUCUUUCUUGGUCCAGACAGAAGACAAGCAAAUUGUCAAAGUGACUAUCAGGACCACAGAACCUAAUGGUCUUAUAUUCUACCAGGGCCAGGCUACUGCAGGGGGAAUUAGUCGGUCAAAGGACUAUUUAUCAGUUGGUCUAAAAGAUGGAUUUAUAGAAUACAGUUACGACCUUGGAAGUGGACCAGCUGUAAUAAGGUCAUUACAGAAAGUAAAUGAUGGCUAUGGCCAUACCAUUGAAGUUACAAGGUUGGGACGUCAGGGUACACUGAAGAUUGACAACAAACAAGAAACUGUAGUUGAGGGUACCUCACAAGGAAUACUUCAGAUGCUUAAUGCAGACAGUAAUCUUUAUAUAGGAGGAGUAUCCUCUGUAGAGACUAUGACAUCCAAUAGAUAUAAAGAAACCUUUAGUGGUUGUAUUUAUGAUAUUUAUUUCAUGGACAAGGGGCCAUUACGCGCUCCAGAAGAUGCAGUUAGAGGUUUCAAUGUGCGCCCUUGUUCUAGCUAAAUUGUUAAAUGACAAUAAUUUUUAAUAAAAGUGUGAAAAUCUGUUAAUAUUUGUUAAUGUGCAUGUGUGAUCUUGUUAAUGUGAACAAAUUGUCUACCAUAUUUAGGAAUACUUAGAUGGCUUGUUUUGAUUGGUUUGUGGAUGGUAUAGGGUUGAACCAAUCAAAUGAUUUUAAAGAAUUUUAAGAUGUAUGGAGAAAAUUCCUUACGAAUAAAAUUGCUUCAAUUUUCCAUAGCUUUAAAGCUAUGAGAUUUUUUAGAUAAGCGAUAGUUAUAAUGAAAAAGUAAGAACUUUCUCAAAAAGAAUUUUUCUUAAGAACAAUUUUUUAUCCAGCAAUGGUAGUUAAAAGAGAGAAUAAGUUCACUGAAUGGUUAUAGGAGCUGAUAAUUUUCGGAAGGCUGAAAAGUAACUAUUUUUAGGAAUGAAGUUAACCAAAUUGUAAAAUUACACAUUUUGUAUACAAUGAAUGAAUUUAUAUGAUUAUAACAGUGAAUAACUUAAUAGCCAGCUUAGCUAUGAAUUGGAAUGAAGUUAACCAACUUGUACAAGCCACUAAGUUUUAUUUAAUUCCAUAUAUGGUAGUGAUGCAGAUCUGUUAAUGUAUUGAAUGUUCGUUUCAUUUGUUUUGUUAAAUAUGCAAAAUCAUUUUGUGAAAUGUGUCUUUAAAUAUUUGAAUGUCAAAGUGUUUGAAUUUUGACAUUUUAAUUGUAAUUGUACUGCAUUUCAGUAAUUAAUAUUGUCAAAAAUAGGUGUUGAUAUGCCUUUUUGUAGAUACUUUCCUUUUUAUUAUUCAUGCCAUUCUAUCUUUCUGUUUUUAAAAACAAUAUUUUUAUGUAUAUUUCCUGUAUUUUGUUACCAUAGAUACCAUUUAUAUUAAAACUGCCUAUCUUUUUAUUUUAAACGGUAACAUGAGUAAACUUUGUAGGCACUUAACAGUACAUGAUUGACUGUAAACAAAAUGUCAGUACAAAAAAUGUACUGAAUUUAAAAUAAGAAUAAAUCUGAAAAGUAACUUAAGAUCUUUAACAAGUCAUAAACUUUUGAGUUUCAGACAUUUCAGAGGAUAUUGAGAUCAAAAUGACCAUUUAAGACUUAAAUUCAUUUACUAGUGUUGAUAUAAACCAAGGCGUUGGUAGGCAGUUCAAUAAAAAAAUUAAAAAACAAACUUUAUUUUAAAACUUUAUGUUUCAAUUUUUAAGCUGACUAAUUCUAUUGCAAAUGUCAUACAUUGUUUCAUUUAUACUCCUUAUUUUAAAACAUUUGUGUAACCUUAAAGGUUGUCAUGAAUACUGAUAUGUUUUGUAGGUUGUCAUGACAACAGGUUGAAUAAAUCUACUAUGCUUUUUAUUUUUAUUUCAUUGUGUAUUAUUGUGAUAUAUAUAGACUUAAUCCAAACAUUUAUAUUUCAUUUUAUAAGUUUAGGUGCUGUAUUUUUGUAUUUUUUGUCUUAUUUUAUUUUAAUAAAACCCAUUUUUAUAUCAUAUAGUAUAUUUUAGCUAUUUUGAAUGUUUUUAACAAUGUAUGUUGUCGUUUCUACAAAAAUGAGAGCAAGCAUUUCCAAUUAAAAGACAUUUAAAAUUUGUUUUGUUCCCACUUAAAGACUGCCAACUUUAUUCUGUGUCAGACAUUAUUGUUAUUUUUUCUGUUAAAUUAUCAGUAAAGUGUAAAAAUACUCAGAUUGAAAAAAAAUUUAGCAGUGAAGUAGAUUCAUGAAAUUGUAUGAUUAAAUACUGGUUAAUUAAUAAAGUUACCACAAAGUUAAAUUCUAAUCAUGAACAUUCUUCAAAGGAAUGAAGAUUACCAGUAUAGGCCUAGGACUUUUAAAUUUUUACAUCAAAGUUUAGACAACAUCAUGAUAUACUUUUUCAACAGAUACUUACAUAGGAUUACAAGCUAAUGAAAGCUCAAGCCCUAGCAGACUGUUUAGAGGUACUGCAAAAUGUCAAUAUUGGUUAUAAAUCUGAUAAAAAAAAAUUGGAUGUGCAAUUAAUUUGUAGUAACAAAUACCUCAGCUUUGAUCAAAAUAUACCGGCCAGUGCUAAAAGUAUUACAUUUUAUUAUAAGCAUAUAUUAUAAUCUCAUUUUAUACGAAAUCCAUACUUAUCUUUAUAUAGAUUGCAUAUGUAAAUGCACAUUUUGUAUUAAAAGUGCAAAAUUUUGUUUGCUUGCUAUACAGUUAAAGAACUCAGAUUCAGAAUAUUCAAGUCAAAUAAUAAAAUCAUUGUUUUUUGCUUUUGAAUAUUAUUUGUUACAGAUUAUGAUCUAAAUUCAGAGUUUUACUACAAUCCUAAAAAUACCAUUGAAAUUAUCAGCUGAAGAUGUACUUUUAGCUUAAAGCAUUCAUUGUAAGAUUGAACAAGUUUGAUUGUCCACAAUUGAUUGCCAGAUGUCCAUUGCAAUAUGGAUUUACCGAAACUGAACUUUUAAACUAUUACCCUAUACAGGGACACAUCUUAGCGGUUUCAUUUUUUGCUGUCUUUGUGGUUAGAAUUGACAUACUGAAAAAAAAUCUGCAUAAAAUAUAAGAACAUGGUGGGAGUAAUGCAUUCAACCAAUUUAUAUACUGAAGUAAAAUUUCCACUGACAGACACUGAUAAAUAUAAUACAGGUACAGCUGUAAAGUGUCCAAGUCAUUGCUUUAAAUUUAUAUAGGACACCAACAAAUUGUGAAUUCAAAAAGAAAAAAAUUCAGUUUGCAAAUUGCGAGAGAAAAAACAGUGCAAAAAUAAGAUUGAUAGAACUUCACUGAAUUGCAAAUAAUAGAAUCUUGACCAAUCUUACUAUGGGAAUGAUUGACAAAAGUUCAAAGCAUGUGCUGUAAUUAAAUAAUUGACUUUCAACACUAUUUUUGAACACAGUGUAGAAGUAAAAACAUUGGUGUCAUUAGAAAAUUAAAAAUACAUAUUCUAAUAGAAUGAUCUAGUAUGCAUCUAGUCCUCUUGAAAUGUUCUAACAAUUUAUGAAAAGAAAUGUAUAAUCAAAUCAGUAAAGGAAAAUUUCAAGGUGCAUAAAUAAUAAAAAUACUGAAUAAACACUAUUGAGCUUU